UGCUACAAUAAAUGCUUGCAGUGACAGAGAUUGCGUGUUAAAGAGCUUCUACGCAAUGCUUUUUGGGCGAGAGAGAUUGUGAAGAAGGUUCAAGAAUGGUGAUUCGGAGGCAUUUGAUUCAUGCGUUUUUCUGGGUUUUGGAUUUUCGGGGUGGAUUUUCAAUAUUUUGUGCUCUUGAUUAAGUGUCAGUUAAGGGCCCUUGAUAUUUUGGAGGAAAUUUGAGGGUUUUAGGAUGAUCAAGGCCUGAGUUUGGUGAUUUUGAGUGAUUACAUUCGUGGGUUUUAUGGGUUUUGAAUUUUCCGAGGUAGGAUUUUGAUAUUUUGUGGCCUUGAUCAAAUUUCACUUCUCCUGGAAGUGAAAUUAUAAGGAAAAUUUGGCUUUUUGGGAUGGAUUUUUCAUGAAAGAGUAAACAUUUGGGGUUAUUGUUUGGGUCUGGUGGUGUCGGUGGUAGUGGAGAUGGGGGGUACUGAGCUUGUCGAGGGUGAGGCUUAUUGCUCCCACAUGGACAAUGAUCAAAACGUUGAUAUUGAUGACGCUCUCUCUUACUUUGAUGAGAGGAUUCAAGAUGUCUUGGGACAGUAUCAGAAAGAUUUUGAGGGUGGAAUUUCCGCACAGAACUUGGGGGCAAGAUUUGGUGGGUAUGGUUCAUUUUUACCAACAUACCAGCAGUCUCCUAUUAUUUGGUCUCACUCUGGGACUCCACAAAAAGGUCAACACAACCAUUGUCAUGACCUACCUUUGGAGAGUGCCCCACGAAAUUCAACACUUAUUGUGAGACCUGCUCCUGCUUCAUCUGUUCUUUCACUGCCUGAGCUAAGGAAUUCUUCUGUGGACACUUUGCCUAAAGUUUGGAAUUCAGGGGAUUGCGUCUCAAGUCAGAAACCUCUCAAACUGCCAAUUGAUCAGUCUGAUAGAAAAUCACUGAAGUUCCGGAUCAAAGUCGGGCCGGACAAUGUUUUAGCUGAAAAAAAGGCUUCAAUUUACAACAAUCUUGGUCUUGACAUGUCUCCAUCUUCAGUGUCAGAGGGCAUCCCUGCAGAGUGGGAAGGGGUCUCUCCAGAUUCUCUUGGUAAACAGGGUGAAUAUCCCUCCAGCAUAAUUAAGAUCAUGACCUCUUUUCCUAUUCCAAACGGUGUACUAUUAUCGCCUCUUCAUGAUAGUUUGGUUUGCUUAAUAGAAGACAAAAAUCUUUUAGAUGACAGUAGAUCUGGGCCUGUUCAAAAGAGGUGUCCUGUCUUCAAAGAUGAGGUUGCUUCAAAAAUUCAUAGUAAAAAGGUGCUUGGGGAGAAGAAAAAGAAGUUUGGAGAUAAAAACAGGAGAUCGUUAGAAUCGAAGAAUGGGAGUUAUGAGGAUCCUGUUAAUCCUGUUGGUGCUGGUUUGAAGAAAGAAGGAAAAAUUAUGACCUCAACCAGUAAGGAGAUUGUAUCUAAUAACUUGAAGCUUCCUCCUGAAUCUAAUAAACUCUGUAAAGGUAGUGACAUUGCAGAUGGUACUGGUAUGGCAUCUGAAGCCAAAAUGGGCAGGGCGAAGGACAGAUUUGUCUCCCUGAACAUGACAAAAGAGGAAGAAACCUUGGCAAUGGCUAGCAGGACUGGUGAUAAGCAGACUGCAAAGAAUAGUUUGGCAGGAACGAUUCUGAAAGAUAAAAAAGUAGGGCGUGAUCUAGAAAAAGGUGGUGGAACCAAAGGUGAUAGAAGUCUUGAUUUGUUUGAAGAACACUGUGACAUGCCAAAGGGAAGCAAAGUUUUUGAUUGGGGAACAGUGGCUCCUGCGCAACAGAAUUGUGAGAGGAAAACCACCCACCAACAUGAUGAUGUGGAAAUGUCUCACGGGAAGGAACAAUCAUUGUUUGGGGGAGAGAAGAGGUCUAAGAGAAGUCAAAAUUAUGAUACCGCAGCUACCAGGAAGUCUAAAGAGAGCUUGAGGGAUAGUUCCUCAUCAGAGUCAAAAGAUAGUCUCACUUAUGAAGGCUACUUUCCAUUCAAGAGUAGAGGGGAUGAUAAGUUACACAAGGGUUCGAGGAAGGCAAAAGAUAGCCUUAGUGUUACAGCAGCUAACAAAAAACUGGUAGCGAAAGUAUGUGUAAGUGAUGCAUUAGGAAUUCCUCUUAAAGAUCAGGCAAAGGACUCUAAGCUUGAGGUUUCAGAGAAAAAAUCCCUUACAUUCAGAGACAAACCAAAGGAGGGAUGGCGUAAAGAUCAGGCAAAGGAUUUUAAUCUUCAAUUAUCUGGGAAAAUAUCCUGUGCAUUCAGCUAUAAAUCAAAGGAUGCAUCAGGUAAAGACCUGUCAAAGGACUAUAAGUUUGAGGCGUCUGGGAAAGGAUCCCAUGCAAUUAGCAACAAAUCAAAGGAAACCUCAGGUAAAGGUCUGGCAAAGGACUAUAGGCCUGAGGUUUUUGAGAAAGAAUCAUAUACAUUUGGCAAGAAACUAAAGGAGAGAUCAGGUAAUACAAAGAAUGAUUUCCUGUCAUUUCCUGAAGCACAUCUGAAGGGACACUUGAAGAAUGCAACUACAUUACCUUCUCCCCUUCCCACAGAGAAUGCUCCAGUAGUCAUAGAGGAAAAUUGGGUAUGCUGUGACAAGUGUCACAAGUGGAGGCUUCUACCAUAUGGUACAAAUCCUGAUCACCUGCCAAAGAAGUGGCUGUGUAGCAUGCUUAAUUGGCUGCCUGGAAUGAAUAGCUGUAGCUUCAGUGAGGAGGAGACAACAAAUGCUUUGAAUGCAUUAUACCAAGUUCCAGUUCCUGCAACGCAACAUAAUCAGCGGACUUAUCCUGUUGGAACUGCAGCUGGAGAAACUUCAGUUAAUGCCCAGCAUCUUAACCAAAACUGCCAAAGUCUCAGUUUCACCGCUGUGCCUGGUGGUGGAAAGAAGAAACUUGGAGCAAAUGCUGCUCAGCAUAGUGGUUACAUGGACGUCUUGAACCUUAAAAAGAAGAAUCAACAGGUCCCUGUUAAAAGUAAGGGUUUACAGAAUAUGAGCCAAUCUUCUCUGGAGCUGCAGUUGGAGAAAAGAUCUGGUGAUGCCAAGUCACUGAAAACAAAGAGCAGGAGGCAGUCUGAUCUGGAUGGUUUUAGACCCUUUAAGAAAGCAAAGACACAAAGCGCACAUUAUACUGAUAAAGACCAGGAUCCUGCUGGGUUGUCAAUGAAGGAAGUUGAAACUGAUAUUCAGAAAUAUAACGAAAUCCGUUCCAUUUAUAUAAAGGGUGCUCCACAAGAUGGUUCAUUGUCUUCUGUUAAACAAUCUAAGAAACAGGUUCAUAAGACUAUAGCUGGGGAAGAUCAUGAUAAGAGUUCUAUUGCUGGAAAGAAGAGAAAAUUGAAGGAGCGGCAAGCUACUCAAAUUCAACUAGAUAGUAAUAGGCAUCAUGCUAAAGAUGAACAGAUACUGAUGGAGGAGUCAAGUGGGAGAGAAUGCCAAAAAGAAAAGAAGGUCAGAGAAUCAAAGUUUCAAGGAAAGGAAACCAGUACUAGUAAGGCCAGUGGUGAACCAGGCAAUAAAGGUAAGGUAACUAGGAUUCUUUUGUCAAGUAGCAAAAAUAAUCCCUUAGAUGGUAAUGGUUUGUGCAAAGGCGGAAAAAGUUUUAAGAACCAGCGUUUGGAGAGGCAUGGUGGAUACAAUUUAUCUGAGUGGACUGUUGAUGGUAACAAUUCUUCUCGAAGGGACUUGGAAGUUGGACAGCCUUGUAUUGCAGCUGCCUCUAGUUCAUCCAUGAUUUUAGGUACGGGUAAAAUUAAAGUGAACUUCCCUGAAUUGAGAGGUUCUCCUGCAGAAUCGGUUUGUUCUUCUCCUUUGAGAAUUUCCAACUCAGAAAAUUUUACAAGGAGCCUUUCAGGGAAGGAUGGCGGUGCAGAUGUAGGUCUGUCUCUCAUGAAUAGCCCAGGAAGAGGCUUAGUAGGUAAAGCUGAUGGUGGAAGGAACGAGUCUGGGUUGCUAAUGAAGGAAAAAGACUUCCCCCUGGUUCAAAAUGGGUCUUCAGGCUCCCCCUUGUUUGAUUAUCAGGACAAAUUGACUGUUCAUAAAAUACAUGAAAGAGCUAAAUCAUCGACUGGUCAUUCUUCUAAUAUACUAAACUCACACUUGGUGAGUGAUUGUGUUGAAAGUGACAAACAAAAUUACCAUAAUUUUAAUGAACCAAGCGUGAAACACCAUUUCCAUCAUAUGGAAAGAGUUAACGACCAUUACUUUCCUCAUAAGUCUCCUGAGAAAUCUAGAAAUGGUUCCUCUUCCCUGGCCAAAAAAAGGCAGUCAACUCCAAUUUCUGAAUAUGAUGAAAGCAGGAUUAAGAUCUCUAAGGAAGAGUCAGAUCAUGUGCAAUAUGAGUUUGAGAAUGAAUCUCAUGAUUUUGCACCUUACAAGAAAGACAUAAAGCUGGGAAAAAUCAAAAUCCAUGGAAAUAAGUCUACCAAAGUUGAGAAAAACCAUGCUGUUAUGAGAGUUUCUGCUGGCAAAUGUUCGAGUGACAGUCGUAAAAGAGAGAACAGAAUUAAACAUGAUAGACUUGAGAACCCACAAUGGAAAAUGGAUACUAUUUGUCUGAAGGGUGGAAAAUCUGUUGUGAGACAGAAUCUGCUGCAGAGUGAAAAUGCUGAGAAAUCUUCAAAAUGGGUCCGUUCAGAAAGAACUCAUCAAGUGCAAGUAGCUAUUGGGAAUGGUGGUGACUCUGGUGUAUUGCCAGCUGAUGGUUCUGAUGGAGGUGAUUCAUUCAAGGAUUCACAACAUCUUGGGAAGGAUGACUACCAAGAUGGACUUCAUCAUGUUAGUUCAAGACAUCCCACAAGUAAAAGGCAUGGGAUCAGGGAUACUGUUUCAACAAGUCAUAGAAGAAAGGAUAACUCUACUCAUGCAGCAAAUAGUGCUUUGAAAGAAGCAGAAGAUCUUAAGCAUUCUGCAGAUCGUCUUAAGGUUUCUGGGUCAGGACUUGAAAGUACUGAGGUAUGCUUCCAGGCAGCUCUGAAGUUUCUCCAUGGGGCGUCGCUGUUAGAUCCUUGUAAUAGCAAGAGUGCCAAAUAUGGAGAUACGACAUCAACUGCAGCAUAUAGUACUACUGCAAAGCUAUUCGAACAUUGUGCUGGUGAAUAUGAGAGAUGCAAAGACAUGGCCUCUGCUGCUUUGGCAUACAAAUGCAUGGAAGUGGCAUACAUGCGAAUAAUCUAUUCCAAUCAUUUCAUUGCAAGCAGUGACCGACAUGAGUUACAAAUGACUCUACAAAUGGUUUCUCCAGUUGAGUCUCCAUCAUCAUCUGCCUCUGAUGUUGAUAACUUAAACAAUCAAGCAAUUAUGGACAAGAUGGAUGUAGGCAAGGAUGGCAGUUCAUUGCAGGUUACUGGUAAUCAUGUCAUUGCUGCCAGAAACCGUCCCAAAUUUGUGCGGCUGCUCAACUUUGCCCAAGAUGUAAAUUUUGCCAUGGAAGCCUCAAGGAAAUCCCAGAUUGCCUUUGCAGCUGCUAAUGUAGUACUUGCUAGCACAGGAAACGGGGAAGCAAUCUCUUCCAUUAGAAGGGUCCUUGACUUCAGCUUCCAUGAUGUAGAGGAACUAUUACAGCUAGUACGCCUUGCAAUGGAGGCUCUUUGCAGCGGUUGAAGUUCCGGAUGCGAUAGGGUUCAUGUGAAUGGUGAGAACAUGUUCUCUUUCCCCAACUUUUAGACGUGUAUCUGCUGCCUUGCUUGAGGAAUAGUUUCAUGGAAACAUAGACAAACUGGAAUGAAGUCGAUUCUAAUUUCUGGACCUGAGCAGGUAAUGACAGAUAUUGCUCUUGCAUAUGAUUUUCUGAGGAGAAAUACUAUCAAGCUGCUGUAUAGUCACAAGUUAAAUAAUGCCAUCAAGCCUUGAUUGUGAUCAAGACUUGUGCUAGAAUUUUUGGAAGUAAUAUGCCUAUGCAGCCUUUAGCAGCUCUUGAAAAUGAAGCUCAAGAACAGAAUUGGAGAAUAAAAAUGAUGCAGAGUUUUGCUUGAGGAGGCUGAUUGCCCCUUGUUUUUGAGGCUCCACAAGUUAUUUACGUAUGUUUGUCAGAAUGUUCAAGCUCAGCUUUAUCAAUAUCUCCUCCUAAUCUAUUUUUGAACAUAACGGGGAUGAUGUUACCUUUAGGUUGUCACACAGUCUCUCUUACUCUGGUUCUAAUUAAAGUCCAUAGUUGUUGAUAAAGGAAACAAGUGAAAAGAAAAGUUUGUAUAUAGGAAAAACAGUAAAUUAUGACACAUACCAAAAUUUGUACAGGAGGGAAGGAAUCAAAGGCAUGUGUCUGUACAGAAUACUUCACUUACCAUUGAUUAUAGUGAUUGAAAACAGCGAAAGGAGUUUUAAGUUUUCCCAUGAA